AAGAGGGUGCGUCAGGUUUUAUUUAAAAAGGUUUGUGUCGAUGCUCUCUUCACAAAUCUUUCUCUUCCCUCCUCUUGACCUACACAAGUGUUCAUACAAUUUUGCCAACAUGCCAGGACUCACAAAUGCAAUGGCGCUCCUCAGGGCUACCUUUGAUAAGUACGCUGGAAAAGAAGGAGACAAAGAGACUUUGACCAAGACAGAACUCUCUGAUCUGCUCAAGAGUGAGGGUCUUGGAGGAGGAGCUGCAAAAAAAGAGGAAGUGGACAAAUUCUUCAAUGCGCUGGAUAACGACAAGGAUGGUGUCGUUGAUUUCCAGGAGUAUGUCACUUUUGUGGCAGCCCUCACCGUGAUCUGCAAUCAGAAAUAAUUACUUUGGCCACAUUGCCUCAGAUCUUUAUUGUCUUAUUUAAUUUGUACUAAAUAAAAAAAACUGAGUGCUCCAACUCGCACCAGCAUUACAUCUAUGAAAUAUGCAUAUCAUUAUGUUCUGAGGAGGAAAACCUGAUUUUUAUGUUGGCUUGUGGGAAUGUAUGUUUCACUGAUUUUGAAUGUCAGAGGUGACUAAUAAAGAAAAAAAUGUUGUCACAUUUUA